GGGAGGCGGGACUGGGUGCAGGGGGAGGGCGGCGAGCUCCGGGCCGGGCCCCCGGUUACUCAGGGCGGCCGGUGGUGCCCGGCCGGUCAGCGGCAUGGCGGGCGGGCCCAGCGCCCCGCUGCUGGCGGCGCUGCUGCUGCUGCUGGCCGCCGGCCGGCCGGCCCUCGCAGUGUCAUUUUAUGGAGAUAGCUUUGUGGCAUUGAAGAAGGCAGAAACAUCCUCACAGACAACCUUACAGUUGCGGUUUCGAACAAGCAAGCCACAUGGAAUGCUCUUUCUUGCAGCUGGGAAGACAGAUUAUUGUUUGAUGGAGCUACAGUCAGGGAAGUUGCAGUUGAGAAUUAACUUUGGCAUGGGGGAACGAGUACUGCAUUCUCAGCAAAGAUCUCAGCUGAAUGAUUUAGCUUGGCAUCUGGUUGAACUGCAUCAUGAACAUGAUAAUGUCACCUUGGUAGUUGACAAACAUGAUAGAACAAGUGCAAAAAUGCCUGGAAUUCUCCAUGACUUAAAUAUUGAUCAUGGAUUCUAUGUAGGUGGUACUAGUGAACUUGACAUUCCUUACCUUGUUGGAGCAAUGCCCAACUUUCGAGGAUGUAUUGAUGAUGUGUCAUUUAAUCAGCUAGACAUCCUGAUGCCCCUGAGACCUUCUGCUGGCUUUAAAAAUAUUCAUGAAGUUUCAGUGGGAUGCAGUGAUGAAUUCUUUGCAGGUGAAGAUGAACCCAUCAGUUUCUUCAGUUCCAGAUCUUACGUUUCUUUCCCAUUGUGGAAUGUUGAUGGUGAGGGAAUCUUGGAGUAUGCAUUGCAAACCUCAGCUGCACGUGGCUUGCUGCUUUAUCAUCCUGGACAAGCAGAAGAUUUCAUUGCAAUGGAAAUGGAGGAUGGAUUAAUUAAAGCCUGUAUUGGAAGGCAUCAAAGUAGAACCCAGCUUUCCUCUCGUAUGACAGUCAAUGAUGGUCAUUGGCACUAUGUGAAGCUGAAAUUUACCACAGAAUAUUUACAGCUGACAUUGGAUGAAGAAACUGUGAAAAAAUCAUUCCCUCCGCAACGCAAGCUGCUUCUGAAGGGGUCUCUCUUUGUAGGUGGUGUAGAUGACAGUACACGAUCAGAAGCAAUUAAGUUAGAGCUAGCCUCAGUGUCUGGGAAAUAUGCCAGAGGAGGGUCCUUCAAAGGUUGCUUAAGAGACCUAAAAGUCAAUUCAGAAAAGAAAUCACUGAAGAAUGUUGUGGUAACAAAGGACAUUUCAGCUGGAUGUGAAACGGCAAGUGCUUUUAGUACAAAUCUUACUUUAGAGAUGGCUUCAAAAUAUGCUACUGUGAAAGCAACCCCAACAUUUGCCAUUUCCCCUGAAAGCUCUGUCUCUCUGGGCCAGGGAGAUAAAAAUCACCUUUUAGUUCUGAGAAACUUGAUUGUGCUAGAGGGUGGACAAGCUUCACUUGAAUCUAAACAUAUUAAAGUCAACUUAGACUUUCAGAAACUUGGGAUCCAUCAAUCACAAGUUCUUUUUGCAGUAAAGGAACCACCCUCACAUGGGAACUUGAAAUUGGAUAUUGAAGCUGUGCAGGAGGUAAAUGCAUUUACUAUGCAGGACCUGUGGCAAGGGAAGAUUCUGUACGUCCAUGGUGGCUCUGAGGACACUUAUGAUCAUUUUAAUUUCUCCAUUUCUGCCAGCAGCAGAAAUACUCUGCCCCUGUAUUUGCAAGGAAAUGAGCAGUAUGUGUUUGGCAUUACUGUCAUUCCAGUAAACGAUGCUCCUGAGAUCACACUACCAGAGGGAAAUGUACUUCUUCUGUUAGAGAACUCAAAGAAACGUUUGACUAGUGACCUGGUAAAAGUGUUAGAUAAUGAUACAGAUCCUCUGGACCUCAGUCUUUCCGUUCUUGGAAAUAUGAAUGCAGAUGCGGGAUUUUUAGAAAAUUCAAAGCAUCCUGGAAAAGCUAUUGCUACUUUUUCUAAUGAGGACUUAAGAAAAGGCAAUAUUUUCUUUGUUCACACAGGUGUCAAGAACUCGAGGAUUGUUCUGAGGGCAAGUGAUGGUGAGAAAGUGAGCAACACUGUUGUGUUACGUGUCAUGGCAGUUCCUAUGGAUUACAAAGUUGUCAGCAGCUCAGGAAUAAAACUGUUGCAGGGUGCUGCAGCUCUGAUCACACCUUAUCAUCUGGCAGUUGAAACAAAUGCCAACCUCCAGGAGCUGGAGAUACGGUAUGAGAUCACAGAGCCGCCCCAGUUUGGGGAAGUCCAAAGGCAGCAUUCAAAGGGGGAAUGGAAGCAAGUCAGCUCUUUUUCUCAACGCUCUGUUCAGCGCAGCCGUGUGAGAUACUGUAGCACUUUUAAAGAAGUUCAGCUGGAAAAUGUUACUGACCAAUUUAAAUUCAAAGUUAGCAUAGGAAACAGAAUCAGUGAAGAGUAUGUGUUUCCAGUCCAAGUGAAAUGGUUAAGGUACAACUUAGUGAAAUAUACUCCUCUAGAAAUUGAAAAAUCAAAAAAGAAGUACUUGAAUUCAGAUAAUCUUUUUGCUGUGCUUGUGGAUCUAGAAAUACCUCAAGAUGAGAUUCAUUUUAAACUACUGUCCCUACCAAAGAGUGGACAAAUGCUGCUUCAUGACCAGCUUUUGAAAAAAUAUUCAGUCUUUAGCCAGAAAGAUAUUACUGAUCAAAAAGUGGCAUAUGAUUUAACUAGCAGAUACCACGAAGACAAACGUGAUUCAUUUAAAUUCCUCAUUUCAACAAAAUAUCUGGAAUCAAAAUUCUAUGAAUUCGAAGUCUGCAUCAAAUCAGAUUUCAGCAACAUUAUGUUGAUUAACAAUGGCUUGACUGUUACUGAAGGUGAAGGAGAAUUAAUAACAAGCACAAAAUUGUUUGUGCAAACGCUGGAUAAUAAAACUUUCAAAUAUAAAGUUUUAAAGUUUCCUAAGCAUGGGAAAUUAAAACUCAUUAAUUUUUCAGGGUCACUUGAGAGUAAUGACAAUCUUACCACUUUCACUAAUGAAGAUAUAAGUGAUAAGCGCCUUAUGUAUGUGCAUGAUGAUUCUGAGACAGUGUUUGAUGAAUUUCUUGUCAGAGCUUUCAGUGAAGAAUCAGGGGAGUGGGCGAACUUUGAUCCAGAAGCAGGAUCUUUGUCAGUAGAAAUUAGAUUCAACAUUUCUGUCCAGCUGAAGAAUGAUGAAAAACCAGUACGUGUAGUUGAUAAAGUAUUUAACGUAGUGAGAAAUGGUCAGAGAUUGUUAACUUUGGCAGAUCUUUGCUAUCACGAUCCUGAUUCUGACUUUGAAGAUGGACAGUUGCUGUACACUAGACGUGGCAUUUCCAAUGGGGAUUUGGUGCUAACAAAUGAUACAUUGCACAGACUCUACCAAUUCAGGCAAGCAGACCUGGAGCAAAAGCAAGUCCUGUUUUUACACCGUGGUGCAGAUUUUGGGCGUUUUGUGCUCUUUGUGACGGAUGGCAAGCACUAUACAUCUUUCCUUCUAGAAGUUAAUGCCACUGAUCCUUAUGUUAGGUUGGCAAAUAAUACGGGUCUGCUGGUUCAAAAAGGAAAAGAAGAAGUUGUUAAAACAGCUAACCUAAGUGCUGUUACAAACCAAGACAUCCGAAAUGAUAAUGAGAUUACCUACGAGAUAUCCACUUUCCCAAAAUAUGGAAGAAUAUGUGUAAAUAAUUUAAUGAUGGAUUCCUUCACUCAACUUGAUCUGAUAAAGGGAUAUGUGACCUACAGGCAUGAUGACAGCAACAACCUAAUUGACACAUUUAACUUUAAAGUCCAUGCUAAAGAUGUCCUUCUGGAUGCUGGAGUACAUGUUCGCAUAUAUUUGGAAAGUCAUCAGUGGCCACCGAGGAUUGUGAACAAUAACAAUCUCUUAGUUGAAGAAGGAAAACCAGUUAAAAUCAGUAAAGGAAAGCUGCAAGUUGCUCAUGAAAACAGCUCUUCAUCUGAGAUUGUGUUCACAGUAAGGCAGCUUCCAGUACAUGGAUACAUUCGGAAAUUUUCAUCAGAAGGAAGUUAUCUGGGUGCCGACCAAAAGCCAGUUCUGACCUUCACACAGCAAGAUGUUGAUGAGGGCAAGGUUCAGUAUGUGCAGACUGUUUCUGACCAACUAAAUGACCAUUUUUCUCUGGACGUGACCAAUGGUGUCCAGACAGUGAGUGGAAUUGAAAUCUCUGUAGACAUCAUUCCCAGAGUGAUUCCCUUGGAAGUACAGAACUUCACAGUAACUGAAGGCGGCUCAAAAGCCCUGGUGGAAGACUAUCUAAAAAUUUCUAGUAGACACUUUGCAGGACUCAGCUGUGAAUUUAUUUUAGUUGAGCAGCCAAAGCAUGGUUAUAUUGAAAAUUCUCGUGUUCCUGGAAUAAAGUUAACCAAAUUUACCAGAAAACAGGUGGAACAAGAAUUAAUCUACUAUGUUCAUGAUGACAGCGAGGAACUGACAGACAAUUUUACUGUUAUGGUAAAUAACACAGAACUGUGGAAACAAAGUUUGCCCCAGACUGUGUUUGUAACAGUUAAAGCAGUAAAUGAUGAAGCUCCUGUUAUAAAAGUUAACAGAAUUCUUCAGGUCUGGGUGGGUUCAGUCACAGAAAUAACUGCUGAUGACCUCUAUGCAGAAGAUAAGGACUCCUCACCGUCAGAACUGAUAUAUUCAAUUACUCCACCUAACAAUGGGCACUUGGCUCUGAAGGAUUAUCCAAACAAGAGCAUCCUUAGUUUUACUCAGGCUCAUGUACUGGAAGGGCAGCUGUUAUUUGUACACAGUGGAGCAAUGUCUGGAGGCUUCAACUUUCAGGUAACGGAUGGCUUGAACUUUGCACCACGACAGAUUUUUAGCAUCACAGCCCGGACUCUAGUCAUUAGUCUUGAAGUGAACAAAGGACUCGGAGUCUUUCCAGGUUCCAGGAAACCUAUUUCACAACAUGAUCUGAAAGCUGUAACCAGUGAUGUGACCAAUGCAGGAAACAGAACUAUAACUUUUAUGAUUGUAACUUCCCCCAAACUUGGAAGGCUGAUCAGAAUAAAUUCUGAUAAUACCACUCAGGAAAUCCUCAGUUUUACACAGUCUAUGGUGAAUGAAGGUAAGAUCAUGUAUGAGCACUUAGAUGCAGAGUCAGCUGGCUGGAGCGCAGAAGAUUUCUUUACGUUUACUGUCUCCUCUCCACCGUCAGCUCUGGACCUCCAGGUGUUCCAUAUUGUCAUUUCGUAUGAAAUUACCAGGCAUGGUCAGAACAGUCGUCUUCUAGCAAAUACAGGUACCACAGUCCAGGAAGGAGGUAGAGUGUUAAUCAACAAAACAAAUUUAGAUGCCUCAAAUCUGUUGAUAAAGCUACCUGAGGUACAGCGCUCCAUGUAUGAAGUCUGGUAUCAAGUUGUAUCUUUACCCCUACAUGGCGUGAUUAUUGUCGGAGAAAGAAAUGUUACAAAAGAAAAACCUAAUUUCUCCCAGUACAUACUGGACACAUUUGGAAUUGUAUAUGUGCAUGAUAAUUCUGAAUCACUUAGUGACAAUUUCACUUUUGCUGUUUGGUUAAACCUAAAGACCAAGUCUGCAACAAAGCCCCAUAGUGAAGUUUUGGAGGAGAUAUUUAAUAUCACUGUUGUUCCAGUGAAUGACCAAGCUCCAGAACUGAAGACUAAAAGGCUGCACUUGAAAGUCCUGCAGGGAGAUGUGUCAGUGCUGGGGUCAGAGAAUCUGAAAGUUGAAGACCUAGAUAACAGCCCAGCUGAGCUUAAAUACACCAUAGUUAGCAACCCCAAUAAUGGUUAUUUAGCAAUGAAGAGCAAUCUCAGUGUCCCUAUACAGGAUUUCACACAAGCUGAUGUUGACAAUGGUAUGAUUUGGUUUGUACAGGAUGGAAGUUCUUCCUCUGGCGUGUUUUAUUUCAGUGUGACUGAUGGUAAACAUCGUCCUUUAUACAAACUAUUCAGUCUUGAAGUAAUACCAAUUGCUCUUGUCCUGGUCAACCUUACCAAUGUUGCACUUCCGCAGGGCCAGACAUCUGUCACUAUUACUAAUGUGCAGCUUUCAGCUGUCUCAAAUGGAAAGAGCACUAAUAUCAUGUAUGAAAUAACUCAGCCUCUAAAGAAUGGGCACCUGAUGAUGGGAAAUGAGAAGGUUAGUAAAUUUGAACAGGCAGAUUUGUACUCAGGAAGACUGUCUUACCAUCUGACAAAUCUCACUGUGUUCAAAGAAGUACUGGAGUUUAUGAUAUUCACUGCAGAAAGUAAUCUGACAGGACAAGUGCUGAACAUCACAAUGAAGCCUUUAGUGCAAGUUGUAUCUGACAUGCAGAUUUCAAAUAAAGCUGUGUAUAAAUUCAGAAGCAGUGACCUGGAUGCUUCUGAGCUAGCUAAUUUAACAAACAGUAAUCCUAGAUUUGAAGUGUUAGUGCCCCCAACUCAUGGAAGGAUUGUAAAAAAAAGGUUUGUGAAUGAUGCAGAGUUUGAAGAUAUUCAGAUGUUCACCCAAGCUGACAUUGAUAGAGGUGUUGUGCUUCUUGACAUAGAUACAAAUAUGACAGGCGUUGACCUGUUAAAUGAUUCAUUCACAUUUAUGCUCAGGGCAGAUGAUGUUCAGCCUGCUGUUGGCCAUUUUGAGUAUUCCAUAGUGCCAUAUAGUCCUCCACUUGGGCAGGGUCUUACAGCUGAAGUGCCUUUCAUAACCAGCACAACCACUUUAAAGAUCCACAGUACCUCAAAGGAUGAUGCACCAGUUUCCUCCCAUAAUGAAGAACCCACAGUAGCACCACAGAAGACCGUCCCAAGCAUGUUCCCAGGUCAGAAUCGCUGGGGAUAUCUAAAUGAGGAAAGUCCAUUGCUGAAUCUAGCAGUGGGAACAAGGGGAUCCGCAGGGAUUGAGACCACAGAUCGGGCUGAUGCCAGUAGUCCCAGAGAGCAAGCAGGUGAAAGCAGCAGCCCUUGGUACAUCAUUAUCCCCCUGGUUCUGGUGUCUGUGCUACUCAUCAUUGCUGUUAUUUCUGUGUGCAUUUUGCUAAUGUGUCAGAAGAAAGAGACGGCAAAACCACUUGUCAAAAAUCAAAUGGAUGUAAUCCUCACUAGUCCAGGUCAUUGUCUGGAACGAAGCUUGACUGUACCUACUGUAACGGUGACCCCUCUCUUGAAGGGAGCUGAGCAACGUACAGCCUUGACAGCGAUGGCAGUAAGGCACGAACAGUUGCUUCCUACUGUGGUUUCUCCAACUGCAGAACAGCCUUUGCAAAAUAGCUGGUUAAACCUUGAUCCUGAAAUGAUCCAAUAUUGUCGAAAAACAAACCCAACUUUGAAGCGCAGUCAGUACUGGGUGUAGUUUAUGGCCAGUUUUGGUCAUGCUAAUUGAGGUAGCAUG